CACAAGACUGUCCGACAACGGAAGAGUGUCUUCAGUCAGAGGCUUCUUCAGUUUGGCUGCAACACUGACCGCUACUGGAGAUCCUUCCUGCCAACAGCCGUUGUAAUAUACAACAACUCUUUGAUGAUUUGAUUAUUAUUGUUAUUCUGAGCUACUACAGCAAUCAGUUUCCCUCUGGGAUUAAUAAAGUAUUUUUGAAUUGAAUUGAAUUGAAUAUUUCUGGGUUGUGGCUGUGGGUUUAGUGUAAAUUAGCCAUCAUUGUUGUUUUAAUGUUUUCUGUGUCGUGCUCAGUUUAUAAACUGGGAUUCACUUUCUUAUUUUCACCUUUUCUAUUGUUGUUCGUGUCCGAAUCGUGAAUUCUGGGGGUGAAACAGACAUCCACACCCUGUUGAGCUGAAAUUCUUUGUGAAGAAGACUUCCUCUUUCAAGAAAGAGGAAGAGUUAAAAUGUUCUUAAAAUACAAAGUCUGCAUAAUUUUACUUUAAACUGAGAAGUUCUUGCCUGGAGCUACUGCUGUUUGACUCAAACCUGAAAGAAGAUUGUUGUGGAUUUAUUUGAUAAGAGCAAAUUUUACUUCACUGUUUUCCUUUGAUUUUUAUGGGAACUGUGGUCUUUUUUUUCUAAACCCUAAAAUUCUACAGUUUUCCAUCAGCUUGUUUAUCAGAGACGAUGGGGUGCAGCAGGAGUCUGAUAGCAGCUCCGUCUGUGAACCUGCUGACAGUCAUCAUGCUGCUGAGUGUCGUAUUGCUUCCAGGUCAGAUUCAGACUAAAUGUGGUAAGACUGCAUCUCUCACCAUUGAAGCCCCACAGAAGAUUGAAGCUCUGGAAGGAUCCUGUUUGCAAAUCCCCUGUAGCUUUAUAGAGAUAUCAGAUAAAGAGGUGGACAACAACAAAGACAUAUUUGGAGUUUGGAUUAAAAGUGACCCAGUGUUUGACAAAAAUCCCAAUAAUGUGAUUUUUAACAGCAGUAAAAUACAAAACAUCUAUAAAAUGACACUUACUGGAGAUCUGAGACAGAAGAACUGCACUACGGUCUUUUCUGAUUUAAUCAAACCUCAGUCAGACAAAUACUUCUUCAGAAUCGAGAACGAGUCGUUCAAAGCGACAGCUUUUUGUCAUCCGGUUCAAAUAACAGUUUCAGAUUCUGCCUGGAAACCCAGGAUAGAAAUCUCAGGAGAUGGGCAGCAGCAGAACUCUGUGACUGUAACCUGCUCAGCUUUCACUCCCUGUCCACGCUCACCUCCUGAACUCACCUGCAAUCUCCAACAAGUCUCUCACAGACUGGCAGAGAACCCAGAUGGAACCUUUACAACUGAAAUCCAGAUGACCUUCCCUCUGUCAGACACACAUGAUGGACUCAACAUCAGCUGUUGUGCCAGAUAUCCUGUUUAUGACCCAGAACUCGAUGCCUCUGAAGACACCUCAGCACCCAUCAGCCCAUCACGUUGGGUGUCAGCAGGCAGCUGGGUGAAGCUGAACUCAGAGGGAGUCAUGACGGUAGCAGAAGGAAACAUUUACAGAUUCAACAUCACAGAGGGCGGAGCUUAUUACUGUGAGGCUGCUGAAGAUGAAGGUAAACAGUUUAGAGUCAGCAUGUGCAUCACCAUAAAGAUUUUAGGGAUUGCGAUGCUCUGCUCUGCAAUCAUCAUCUUUGAGUGCUGGUUCAGAUCAAGAGUCUCCAGCAAGCAAGAGAAGGACAGAGAAGAAGAAGAAAAUAUCCACAGAGUGAUGGAGACUCAGACAUCAUGAGACACAAGGAGACGAGGAUGUGUGUUACAAUCCUCCAGACUUAGAGGGAUUUGUUCUCUCAUUGUUGUUACACGAGUAGUGAUAUGUGACACUGAGCGAUGGGAAAAGAUGAUUUUACUGUGUAAAUUAGUGAUGCACCGAUAUGAUAUUUUUGGGCCGAUACCGAAAUCCGAUAUUAAGAUCACUGCUAUGGCCGACAACUGAUAUUUGCCAAUACCUAUAUACUGACAUUAAUGCUUCUAAAAUCAGAAGAUUUAGUAUAUAAUGAAAAUUAUUAACGCUGAAUUGACAUUAUUAUGUACACUCACCACACUCAUGUACGAUUCUGAGAUUAUUUCAUUCACUGUUCGCAUGACUAAACAAUUACACAUCACCCUCCUCACCCUCUGAAACAGGCAAACAAGUAGAGGUGAGAUGGAAAAAAUAUCGGUUGUUAAAAUCGGCCCGGUUUUAUUUAUCGAACCGAUACUGAUAUGUUAAAAAAUGACUAACAUUGGCCGAUACCGAUAUUGAUGCCGAUAUAUUGUCCAUCUCUAGUUUAAAUAUCAAUGAGAGAACAAACCAGCAUGCUGCAGCUGUUUUGUGUUUCCACAGUCCAAGUUAGAAAAACUGUGUGUUCUAUUUAAAACUGCUUCAAAGUGUAUUUUAUACUUUAUGCUGAACUCUGCUGAAAUGCUUUUUAAAAUUUGAAAUAAAUACCCUUCCAAUGGAAAAACUGAAAAAA